AUGAGGAUUAGAGCGACGGGUGCCAGGAACCAUAUGAGACCGAUUGAUCACUUGGACUUGGAGGGCACCUAUCAGGAGAAGCAUCCAAAGCCAAUCUGCGGAAGAUUGCAAGCAACUCCGGGAGCAGCUGGAUUCUAUCGCGAAGGCGCCAAUCAACGCAGCUCCUAUGCAGAUCAAAUCACAGCCGUCGUUCGCAGAUAUAACCAACAGCCAAUCUGCUCACCAGCAGGGUACACACCUAGGCCCCCUAGGCCUCUAGUGCCUCCUACAUUGGCUAAUACACUAUUUUGCACAAUUGACACGUCUCGUGUCAGAGAAGAAGACAAAGCCAAGGCGCAGAUAGCUAACGUCAGACAAAUGAUCGAAAAAGAGAUACAGGGAAAUGAAGGAAUGGAGACCUGGCGCUGUGCAGCAGUGAUUAAGUAUCCAAAGAACGCUGAACGAGUCAAAAUCAUUUGCAGACGGGAGGAUGAGAUCCUACGUGUCAAAGAGGCUGCCCAAAAGUUAAAUAUACCGGGAUGGAGGGUGUUACGAGACCAGCUCUAUCCAGUUAAAAUCGACAAUGCCAAUCGGACAGCAAUCCUGGGUAUGGAUGGUAAUGUCCUACCAGGAGCAGCCGAGGCCCUAGGGAAAGAGAACAACGUCAACAUUGCCAAGAUCACCUGGCUUAGCAAGAGGGAUUCUAAUAAAGCGUAUGGAUCUAUGGUGGUAUAUACCACUAAAGGAACAGACGCCAAACGCCUACUAGAAGGCAGCUACUUCGAUAUAGCAGGAGAAUCUGCAUACACUCGAGCCUUUGAACCACGCAUAGGACCAUUUCAAUGUUACAACUGUCAAGAAAUAGGACAUAAGGCUUUCUCAUGCAAAAAGACUUAG